UCAGGACUAUUUCUCUCCUUCUACCAUGUGGCUUACAGGGAUCUAACACAGAUGCUGAGGGAUGGCAAACACCUGUACCUUCUGAGCCACGUCACUGGUCCCUAAAUUUUUAUAUUAAUUUUAUUAUUUUGUCUGUGUAUAUGCACACAUGAUAUGUGGGCACACAUGCUAUAGUGUGUGUGUGUAGAGAUCAGAAAACAACUCUGUGGAGUUAGUUCUCUCCUUCUGCCUUUAUGUGGGCUCCAAGAAUUGAGCUCAGAUCACUAAGCAUGUGCUCCUGUAAUAAUGCCAGUAAACUAUUUGGUUCACUAAGUUAGAGUUGGGUACAGUUGUUUCUUUGAUCUCCCAUUGGUGCCCUAUGACAUGGAUAGAUGUUUGUUCCUGUCACCCCAGGAAAUGUCAUGCAACACAUUGGUGCCUAAACUGGGUCUGACAGAACCAAAAAAUGAGCCAAGGAGGAGUGGUUUUGUGGGCCAUGUAGUGAGUAAUAAGAAUUCAUUGAUGAUUUAUCCAUUUAGGGUAAAGAAUACAUGGGGACAAUCCUAAGGUGAUGACUUUCUCCCAUGUGGCAUCGGAAGGUAUACCUCCUUGCUGCAGUGGCAAUUGUAUGUUCCUUAUGAUGGGUGGCAAGACAUUCUAAGCUGAGCUAUCUGAGCGUGGAGCAACCUUUCGAGCAACCUUUUGGGGAGUCCAAUGGUGGCUGUCUCUAUUUACAUAAUGCAGGGUAUCAUGUCUCUUUGGUGAAUGGGGUCCACCCUGUCAGUAUGAGUACAUAUCGAAAAUGGCUGAUGGGCUAAAUAACUUAUUGCAGUCCUUGAAAGUAGCACAUAUAGGACAGGAUCAUAGGUAGGCUGUAGCAGCUGUUAGUUAGCCUUUGUUGUGGAUCAUAAGACAUGAUGCUGAGGCUCAGCUGUCUGCCCAAAAGAACGUGCCUGAGUAAGGGAGGAAUUAUAAUGAGAAAAACAUGCAAACGUUAUCCUGUAUGCUAGCUUCUGAUAUGGCAGGGAAAGUGGGAAAAUGGGUGGACGAGAUGGAGGUGUAGUCUUGCUGCUGCUUACAGCAGGGAGGGUACAAGAGAAAGGAAGUACAAGUCAGAUCUGAGCUAAAGAGCCUUUCCUAGGAUUCAAAACUCUGGAACACAUGAGAAUCGUCAGAUGGUGAGAGAAAAAAGCAGUGUGGAUGUUAUGCUUUGACAUACAUUGACACUUUUUGGUUUUACAACGCGUGUUAUAAAUUCCUUUAAGAAGGAAUAGCCUUCAUACUAGUUGUAUUUUAAGCAUUUAGAUAUCUAAAAUGAAUAAGAACUGAUGAACUAGGAUACACUUUAAGUUUAUUUCUAAAUGAAUUUAUUUGUUUGAUACUCAUCUGUGUAUUGAUUUAUUAGAUGCUUGUUAUAUGCCUAUUUGGUGCCAAGCAUUUCACAAAUGUUAGGAAUACAAAGGCUUGGGUUUUUAUCCUUAUUGUGAUUAUCUAAAGAACUAGGUUAAGUUGGUUUUUUUUUUCCUAAAAAGGCUAGAAUAUUCUGGCCUAUAACGCAAGAUUUUCUAUUUAAGGAGCUGCCUUCAGGACUAUGACGAACCUAUGGAUGUAAUAUGGAAAAGCAGAACUAGGAGAAAUGAUUCAUUUGGUUGCUACCAGCCACUGGCAUCUACUCGCCACUGUUAGUUGUCAGGAUCACCUGUAACACACAGGAGAUACAUGGCAGAAGUCUGGGUUUCUGAAUGUUAGGAAAACCAUGAUGUUCUGCUGAAGAAACCAUAGCUCUAUGGUACCUGAUGAGGGUAUGUGUUUAUAGUCAAGGACAUCUGUACUGCUCUAUUUAAGCAUGUCACAAGGCAUUCAAUUCUAGUCCCCUUUCUGUGCCCUUGUUUCAAUAUUCCUAACAGUCAUCUCUUAUUGCCAUCUUUCUACUAGAUCUGUCCGCAAGCAGGGCUUCAUCAGAAUUUGACCGAGUCCAGCUUUUGUUGAGUUUUCCUGGUUUUGUGAUUUUGAUUUGGUCAAAUAAUAUAAGGAACAAAUGAAGUCAUCCCAUUAUCUUAGUUAUUCAUUGUUCCUUCCCAGGGUCAAAAGAAGCUAUAAUCUACUUAUUCAGCAAACAUCUUGAACACAGGGCACUGUGUUAGCUCCAGGUCUCACUGGUGGCUGGAGCUUUGUAGUUCUUAUCUGACCUAUCUGCUCCAUUUAUUGUAAACCUCCUCCACCUGGCUCCACAGGAAGUAUCAUUUUAUUGUCUGUCUGAAUUUUGUAUGUUUUUCUCCAGAUUCUACAUAUAAGGCAGAUCACGACAUGGUUUUCCCCCCAUAUUUGUCUUAUUUUAUUUAGCAUAGUUUCCACCAAAUCUGUCUCUGUUGUGGCCAGAGUUAGGAUUUUUUUUCCCCCGAGACUGACAAUGUUCAGACACAAACACCCUGCAGAGUUUCUUUCACUGUUUGUUCAUUUUCUCGUCAUUAACUUUGAUCUCUCCAGUGAAGACUGAGCAUUUCCAGAAUCCCUAAGAUCAACCAGCUUUAUCUUGAGGGAGUUCAGUCCAUCUCCAGGGUCAGUCUUACCCAUAACAGCUGUGUUGCCUUGUGGUUCUGUGUUGCAGGGUGGGGUUGUCAAGGAGCUAAUUCUGGAGACCUUGGGGGCCUCUUCUUAAGUGGCUUAAAGAGGCACAUCAUGGCUUCUUGUGUCUGAGAGGAGAGUGGAGAGAUGCAGGGCAAUGAGUGUGGAUGCUUCUUAAAAUACACCUCCAUACUCAUGUACAUACACACCUCAAAAUAUUUGCUGAAGACGGCUGUGACCAGCUGCCCAGGUUCUCAGGGCCUCACAUUCAGGUAAGAGGGUGUAGAUGAGAGGAGGUUUUACCUUCACAAUGUACUGCACAGCAUGUUCACAGAGCUUCAGCUGCCCAGUCACCCAGUGCCUCCUUCUACCUUCAUUACUACUGCCAAAUUCUCUCUCUCUCACACACAAAACCUUUCAGAUCCCCCGUCAGCUAGAAAUGGAUAUUCUUUAAUUUUCAGAUGUAGAAUGUUAUAUAAAUUUUGAAGUGUUCUUAAAUUAAAAUUUUUUUUCUUGUUGGUGCAUUUUUUUUCAGAUUGUUUCUGGAAGUAAAUGUAUCUAUUUCUUUUUUUGCAUUUUUGUUCAUUUUCUGACAUGAUUUAAGCUGUUCUUUAGUGACAAUGUUUCUAUUUCAUCAUAUAUUCACCUACAUUUAAUACUGUUUUAACAACGAGUCAUCAACAGUUUUUCCCUAUUAAAAGCUUUUCUCACAGCGUAGAUUCUCUCAUUGAUGCUGUCAUAGUAACACUACAUUAUUACUGCACAUCAUAGUUUAGUGCCAUGUUGCAUAACAUAUACUGUUAUUAUUUCAGAUUGUUUUGUGUGUUUUAAUAUUCCAAUUUUUUUCUUUUUAAAACAUCUGACUUUUUAAAAGAACUUUAAGCCUAAGUAGUUUCUUUGUUGCUCCCUUCAGGUACUUCACCCGGGUGCCACCAUGAUGCCUUGUAACAGCACUGGCCACCCUUCUUUCUUCAUUCUUCAAGGCAUUCCUGGGAUGGAAGACAAGCACAGAUGGAUAUCCAUCCCCUUCUCCUCCAUGUACUUCAUUACUGUGAUGGGGAACUGUACCAUUCUUCUCACCAUUUCCAUGGAGCGCUCCCUGCACAAGCCCAUGUUCCUGCUUCUCUUCCUCUUGGCUCUCACAGACUUGGGCAUGUCUACAACUACCAUUCCCAAGGUUCUCUGCAUAUUCUGGUUUGGACAGAGUGAAAUAAGCUACGAAGGCUGCUUGGUGCAGCUGUUCUUCAUCCACUCCAUCUCAGCCAUGCAGUCAUCUGUCCUGAUGAGCAUGGCCUUUGAUCGUUAUGUAGCUAUCUGCAAGCCCUUGCAAUAUUCCACUAUCCUUUCCAAUAGUCGCAUUGGACUCAUUGGCCUAGUGAGCUUGGUGCGAGCAAUCCUCUUUAUUCUCCCCAUGCCUGUCCUCCUCCAGCGUAUGCCCUUUCAUGCCAAUCGAAUCAUCCCCACAACUUACUGUGAACACAUGGCUGUGGUGAAGAUGGUAUGUGUGGAUACCACAGUCAACCGGAUAUAUGGUCUGGUCGUGGCCUUGUUGGUGGUCGGGAUAGACAUCUCAGCUAUUGCCUCAUCUUACGUGCUCAUCAUACGAGCUAUCAUGCACCUCUCUUCCAAGGAGGCCCACCACAAAGCAGUCAACACCUGCACCACACAUAUCUGUGUUAUGCUAGUCUCGUACACUCCCUGCCUUUUCUCCUUUCUAACUCACCGCUUCGGAAGAGGCAUUCCACCUCAUGUCCACACCAUUCUUGGCAACCUCUACUUCCUUGUACCGCCAAUGCUCAAUCCUAUUAUUUAUGGUGUGAAAACCAAGGAAUUUCGGGACAAAGUUACCAAAUAUUUAUGCAGGAGGAAGGAGUCUAUCAUUUUUUCUCACAGUCAGAAAGUUGUUUGAUAAUCAAGCAGUUGUGAGUAUUAGGAAGCAAUGAUAAAUGUCUAAGGGAAACUGACUAGUGGUAGAGAUACAUUAAGAUAUCGGAUUAGCAGCCAUGAUAUUUAUUCUUGGAUAGAGAAGCUAAGACAGGCGAGAACUUCUUGGUUUCAGUAAAGCAAAGGCAAUGGAAUUAUCCCCUAUGGAAUAAAAUAAUGAUAUCUGCUCUUAAUAUCUAACAGUGUUGAGCGAACUACUUGUGAUAAUGUAUGUACAAGCACUUUGGAUGCCAUCAUACACUCAGUCCAUGUGAGAGAGUGUGGAACAUUUUCACACAGAGUAUCACAGAGCAACGUUUUCAUUCUCAGUAAGUGGUAAUAUAAUAUAAUAUAAUAUGUAAUAUAAUAAUGCUUUACCAAGGCAUGUACAGUCAAGCCGGAUGUAGGGUUUUCUGUGUGUAUUUGUGUGGUGGAGAGGAGUUUGGGAGAUAGAAAAGGUGUUUGAGAGGAGUGAAAGGGUCAAGGAAGUUCGAAGAUGAAUUUAGAGUCAUUGUUUUAUCAUCCCAGACUUGUACUAACAUUUGGACGACAGGAUUUACUGCUUCUUUUGGAGUCUAGGGUCUGUAUAUAGGACACAAGCUCAGAUUUCUAGAGAAACUUUGGAAGAGAAGGAAAAACAUUGGGAAACUCUUGUUAGAAUGAAAAGGUUGAUAUGGGUUUUAAUUAAUUUCAUUCUAUCAAAAACUGCUAGUCAAUGCUUCUGUUUCUCACAACCAAAACCAGCAUGUGAGAAGACCUUCUCUUUUUCUCUUUUUUUUAAAGAAGUAGUUUUUUUUAAACGAUUUGCUUUUAUUUUAUGCACACUAGUGUUUUGCUUGCAUGUAUGUCUGUGUGAGGGUAUCAGAAGCCCUGGAACUGGAAUUACUGACAGUUGUGAGCUGCCAUGUGCUGGGAAUUGAACCCAGGUCCCCUGGAAGAGCAGUCAGUGCUCUUAACCACUGAGCCAUCUCUUGUGAAGGAACAACUCUGAGACUGUCUUAAGAGCCAAAGCUGUGAAACUCAGCUUUACACUGGAACUGACUAUGAAAUUAUGCUUGAGGACUGUCUGAUAGAAAUCCAUGGAUUGAGUACAGACACAAGACUUACUCUGGGAUUAGUAGCCAGUUCAUUCCAUGGGUUUGCCUCUUCUAUUUUGUUUUUGCUUUGUGUUGAGACAGGGUCUCACUAUGUACUUGACUGAUGUGAAACUUAACAGGUAGACCAGGCUGGCCUCAAACUCAAAGGUCUGCCUGCCUCUGUCUUCCCAGUGCUGAGAUUAAACUGGUGUGUACUCACAUCCAGCACCACAGUUUCAAAAAAAUUCUAAGUUUUAAUACAAAAAUCAUUUAUCUUUGUAAGAAAAUUCAGAAUCCACAGAUCUAGUUCAUCUGGGCUGCUUUAGAAGGUGUUCUUUAGGAAACAAAUAAACAAAACAAUUCUAGAAAGAUCUUCUACAGGUGACAUCAUUCUCAUUAUUUACAUCUUUCCAAGUCUUAGUUUUCAUGCAAAGGAAAAUAAAAAUGUUAUCAUUAUUAUUGUUCCCAUUACAUUGUUAUUAAAGAAAUAUGUGUAUUUGAUAAGGCAGUCAAAUGUGCUAGAACGUUUAAUAUAAUAUAAAAGCCACCUUCUAGCUAGCUGUGGGAAAAACUGAAAUUUUUUAUCUAAUAUAUGAAUAAGACAAGAUAUAAAUCAAAUGUGUUUUUUUGUGAUUGAAAGAAAUUUUUACUGAUUUGAUAGACCAAGAAUUUAAAAAUGUUAAUACAAUACAUGAUUUUUCCUUUCUUUUAUUAAGGGAGGGGCCACAUUCAUCCCUUUAUUUUUUUAACAAAAUAAAAUAAAACAAAAACCAUCAUAUCAAAAAAUAAAAGCCAACAGAAAAAGAAAGGAGCCCCACAAGAAGGUACAAGAAUCAGGGACCCACUCAUUUACACAUUCAGGAGUGCCACAAAAAUACUACACUGGAAGCUACAGUAUAUGUGCAGAGGACCUGGUGCAGGCCUGUGUAAGCCCUGUGAGGACGGCUUCAGUCUCUGGAAGUUUUCAUGAGCUUUGCUCAGUUGUUUUAGAGGACCUUAUUCUCCUGGUGUUCUCCAUCUUCUCUGUCUCCCUAUUCCUUCUGCUCCCUCUUCCGUGGAGUUCCCUGAGAUGUGAGGGGAGGGAUCUGAUGGAGACACCUCUUCAGAAGACAUGCAUUCAAUAACUGUGUUGGGUGUUUGGUUCACCCAGGUCUGUGGAAGAAUCAGGAUCACUCUAGGAUGAUUUUUAGCCUGUGCAGCCACAGGGGAGUCAGUUUCUGGUGAGCUGACUGACUGUAGCUCUGCAAAAGGCUUUUUUAUUGUUAUACAAUUUACACCUUAGCAAGUCAAUUUUUGCAUACCAAAACCUCUUAUCUGAAGCUCCCCAAAGAGACAAAUGUCAAAACAAUUCCCAGUCACAGGACAUCUGUUCUCUGAGUCCUUCCCCAACCAAGUUUGGUAUGGGUUUUGAGCCUUUAGAAAACUCUCAGUUAAGAUUUACAUACUUCAAACAAAAGGUACCGGACACAAAAGGCAGGUCAAAGCCAGGUGCUAACACUUGGAAUCAAACCAGCUGCAGAGCUCUGCAGAAACUCCUGCUACAGGGAAUAUAAUGAAGUUUGGGUUGUUUAUUUGGUUAUAUCUCUUUGUGACUAUUCCAUACCAGUACAAAUACAUCUACUUAGUUAUCUCAAUGCUACAGAGCAGUGGUUCUCAACUUUGCUAAAGAUGCAGUCUUUUAAUACAGCUCCUCAUGUUGUAGUGACCCUCAACCAUAAAAUUAUUUUCAUUGCGACUUCAUAAUUGUAAUUUUGCCAUUGUUAUGAAUCACAGUGUGAAUAUUUUUGGAGAUAGAGGUUUGCCAACGGGGUCAUGACCCACAGCUUGAGAACCACUGCUCUAGAGACCUGUGUUGUAUGUCUGUUAACAUAGUUUAAGCAGUCACCUAUUGAUAGAUAUUUAUUUCCAGGGUUUUGU